UCUCAGUUCGGCGCGAACUGUCCGAGGGAUAACGCGUGUCAUUCGUGAGACAAAAACGUAAAUAACACGUGUGAAGAUAAAAAUCAUCGGAAACAUUCAAUUUUGUUCUUCAAUAAUAAAGUUGAAAGGGAACAAAACCCCUGUUCCAUUCGCUAAAAAAAUAUUGUCAAGUCGUUUAACACCACAAAACGAUAACUUUUGCGUCCACAGAUGUGUUUUUUAACCCACAACGAUCGUAAAAGGUCCUCCGUUAUUUUUUUUUAUGUUAAAUGACAUUUCAUUCAACCACACAGAAGAAUUUUUCCGAAUCGUUCGGACACUUUUUACGGAAGUUUCAGUACUUUUUACGAAACAUAAAUUUAACAGUACAACUACCUAACAGUUGUUCAAUUUUUCCCGAUUUUUAUUCUCUUCAAAACGUUUCUCUCAAAUUUAUUUUUAAUGAAUUCAGUUUUUUAAUUGUAGUUUAAAAAUGUGUAAAGAAUGUCUUGAGUUGGCCCAAUUUGCAUAAAAGUAGUGAGUGAAAUAUAAGUCUCCUACAUAAUUUUGAACUGUCCCUUAGACAUUAAAAAAUAUAUCGAAUUGUUUUUUAAUUUUUCUAUCGGAGUAAUAUGAGGGUGAGUUUAGUAAAGAGAAGUUGUGAGAAUUCUAUUGGACGUGAGUGAUGUCAUGGUAUGUCUGACGGAAGCUGAAAGGUGUUACUGAUCCAAACAAUUAAUUGCUAGGCGGGGGAUCAGAGGACUGACCCCAUGGGGUCAGUUGGCCAGUGGAUAUAUCGCGGGUGAUGAUGCUCAAUGACAGUCACAGUUUCAUUAGAAAAAAUUGUCUAUUCGUUAAAUUUUAAGGCGGAAGUGUCUCCAACUUUUUACGAUAAAUUUCAACCAAAAAAAAAAUUCCUCCAAAAAUCUCCUUCAAAUAAAAAUGUUACUAAUUUUUUCAUAAAAAAUAAUUGCUAAUAAGUGUUCCAUUAACAGAAUAGUUGAUCAUUUUAUCAGUAAAAAAUUGUUAAUAAUAGUGUAGUCGUGCAGAAAGAAAGACUUGAUUUUUAUCGCGUGGAAAUAACAGCAAAAAGUUUCUUAAACUCUUGAAAUUUCUUCGUAAAAAAUUGAGUCUUUUUUUAUUAUGUUUAAAUAUGUUUAUUUGAAGGAGUGAGAUUCAUGGCCUCAGUGUGGAUUACGGUUCAGCAUAUGUGGGUGCAUUCAAGUGCAAUGAUAUCGUGUAAAUGAAGACACUGAAAAUAAUAAAAAAUGAGAUCGCGUGGUGCAUUAACUCACGGACAAUUAGAUUUAAAAUGUGGAAUUAUUUAAACCUGUUCAGGGUAUUACCAGACGUCUCGAAGAUGCCCUAGAACAUGCGACACUCCUCGCGCAGGUCACGUGGUGUUAAAAAAAAUUGGAGCAUAUUUUCGGAUUGAUAAAAGUGGCGAAUUGUGGGGGAGAUAAUGGGGUUGUGUGAGAACAUAGCUUUUUUGAGGCUGCUGCCCACAUCCGGUUAUCACAUUGUCUGGACAUGGGAUGCCGGAAAUGGAACAAUGAUCAGGAUGACGACAAGUGCAUCAUCCAGAUCGGAUUGCUUCAUCGAGCUGGUGAACUUCAUCGUCGUGAUCAUCUCGCUGAUCGCGGCAUUGUGUCUCAUGAUAAAAUAUCGAUUGACAGAUCACCGCAAAUGUAGAAAUAAUCUACUGCCCCUGCACAAUGUCCGGAGUAUCCUGUGCCUCCUCCUCCUCAUAUUCCUGACUGUGGAAUUAUCGGAGGGCUUAAUAACACAUUCAUGGCUGCUCCAGUUGAUCAGUCUCAUAACAAUAAUCAUCUGCUGGUUUUUACAUCGUGCUACGGAGAUUCGCGAUGGCCUGGGUCUGGCUGUGUCUGGUGGUGCAUUCACCACUAUUGCUGUCGCAAGAUUAUGGAGAUUAAUUCAUUUAAAUAGAUUGGAACUGGACCUGAGACAUGUGAGGACAAUUAGCACAUUGGGAACAGCAACUGUUUGUGCUGUUUUGGCGGUUGUUGACUCCUAUGCGCUCUACCGCAUCAUGGAGAGGAGCAAGCGAUACGAUAUUCGUGGAUCCGGAAAUACACGUUCAUCUUACAAGCAUUCACAGUCGGUUCUACUGAGUAAACUGACUUUCCACUGGGUCGUUGAGAUUCUUUCACGUGGGUACAGAGCAACACUUGAACUCAAUGAUCUUGGGGAUUUACCCGAGGAGGAAUCAACCGUUAUACAAUUUGAGAAAUUUCGGAGAAUUUAUGACGACGAAAAAAACACCUCGAUGGAUGGACGUCCGUCACUCUGGACGUGUUAUUGGCGUCGUGUCUGGCCGGCAUUCGUCCUUGGUGGUGUACUGAAGUUGUUUGGUGAUGCCACAACACUAGUUGGCCCCCUGGUGAUCUCAAGAAUCGUGAAUUACGUGGCAGUGUGUCAGAACUCAACUCAUAAGGAUAGAAAUAUUUAUGGGAGGUACAUAACGUGGGAUGAAUUGAUGGAAAAUGGUUAUUUUCUCAGUAUCAUUAUUUUUGGUGCUGCCAUACUGCAGAGUACAUUGAGCCAAGCAUCAACGCAUUUCUUCAAUGUCGAAGGAAUCCGACUGCGAACAGCAUUACAGGCCCUGAUUUACCAUAAAUCACUCCGCCUUUACUCCUGGACAAUUUUAGAGGAAGAAGAACCACCGAAGGAUGAUAAAGACGCUCAAACCAAGAGCCACACCGCAGACAUCGGUACUCUCACGAAUUUAAUGGCCGAGGAUGCUUACAACGUCAUGAGCUUUUUUUGGAUUGGACACUACACUUGGGCAAUUCCACUCAAAAUCUUCGCUAUUAUUGGUUUACUCCACAUGAAGCUCGGUGUUAGUGCCAUUGUUGGAGUUAUCUGUUGUAUUUUAAUUGUCAUGCCUAUGCAAUUCUCAUUGGGGAAGAGAAUAUCAAGGAAUCUAAAAACUGUUGCGGAGAAAAGUGACUCAAGAUUAAAAUUAUUGAACGAAAUACUCCAAGGAAUGAGACUAGUGAAACUUCGUGCCUGGGAAUUAAUAUUCGAGCGUCGAAUACAACAUACAAGAGACAUAGAAUUAUCAUUACUGGACAAGGAUUCUCUCUACUGGGGUCUGAUAACAUUCCUCACUCACGCAUCAUCCGUCCUUACAACUCUAUUCACGUUCGGCGUCUACUUCUGGGUGGAGGAGACUCAUUUGGAUGCCGGCAAUGUUUUUGCCAGUCUAGCACUCUUCUCACAACUCACUGUACCACUCUUCAUAUUUCCGGUUAUCGUUCCCAUCAUUCUAAAUGCCCGGAUAUCAACCAAGAGGUUGGAGGACUUUUUAUCACUGCCAGAGACCGCCAAUGUACUCCCGGAAGUCGAGACUCGACGAACCAGUGACGAAGACGAUGAGCAGACCAACUCAGUAUCCAUCAAUGAGAGCUCUGGGGAGAGAAAUAUCCAGAGUAUCUCAACAUUCGGAACCCUCGGCAACAUUACAGAAGAUGAAGAGGAACACCCGUGUCUUCACCUCCUCGGAAAAUACGAAACGAGUUCGUCUUGCGAUACUGUCUUCGAAAAAGACGCCGAACCGGUGAAGCCAGCACUUCUGUACAUCAAUGGAGUCUUCGCCCUGGGAUCAGAAGAAGCCCAUCUGGUGGUUGACGAACUUAUCAUCCCUCGAGGUAAAUUGACUCUAAUCGUCGGUAAAACCGGAAGCGGCAAGACCUCCCUGAUCUCCGCAAUGCUGGGCGAGAACCCAAAGUUGAGAGGGAAAAUUCAAUGGGCGAGGGACGUCAAGGUCGCAUACGUCUCCCAACGCCCUUGGCUGCUCAACGCAACCCUUCAAGAGAACAUAAUAUUCGGUUCCACCUACAACAAGAACAGAUACAAGAGUGUGCUGCGCGCUUGUGCACUACAACCGGAUGUCGACAUAUUGCCUGGAAAGGAUAUGACGCGAAUCGGCGAGAAAGGGAUUAAUCUGAGUGGAGGGCAGAAGCAGAGGAUUGCCAUCGCUAGAGCGAUCUACUCCGAUGCUGACACCAUCAUCCUGGACGAUCCACUAUCUGCCCUGGAUCAACAGGUAAGUCAGCAGAUCUUCGAACAGGGCAUUCAGAAACUUCUCCUCCGAAAAUCCCGUACCGUUAUCAUGGUGACACAUCGUCUAGAGUUGAUUCCCUUUGCCGACAACAUCGUGGCCCUCGAGAAUUGUCGACUCCGCUCCGUCGGCCCUCUAUCCCUCAUUGAAGCGACCGAUCCCCAGCUACUCCAAGAAUGGAAGGAAGCUGCCAAGAGACAAGCUGACGUCAUCCACAGAACGGCGAAGGACCGCUGGUCCCUGGUCCGCUUGGUCUCCAGGAUCGCUGGUUUUUCAGCCAAACACAGACAGGCCAGCGAUGGCUCCUGGAUGACGGAGCAAGACGCGCACGUGUCACCACCGAUUUUCGUCCCCCUCAGGCACCGGAAGUCAAUGCUGUCAGAGUCCAGAUACCUCGCGCAUGAUCUCACAGACCUACCGGUGGCUGUGGAGGAGUGGGGGACCUUGAAAAAACGAUCUAAAAGACACAGGAGUGCAGCAAGAGCUAUUAGUCUCCAACCGCCCAAGCAUCCACCUCCUGUGCUGAGGCAGAGCAGCACUCCAACUAUUUUGGAGAGUCAUUAUAUUGUACCGAGGAAAAGGCAUAACACCACGGGAGACAGUGAGCAGAGUACCGGUAUGCUCAGACAGCUCUUCUCCGGGAAAAUAAUCCACCUGUCCGACGAAGGAAACUUAAACACAGAGAAGAAAGUCCUGAAGAGACUGAUGUCCUCGUCGUCCAUGAAGAACCCCGAGUUCGAAGGGAGAACGAUCAGAAGACUUAUCUCGACGGAGUCCGGAACGGAAGACCCAGAGGAGUCCCAAGAGAGGUGUGAAGAGAACGAAGAGGAGCAAAAUUACGAAGACAAUGGGGGGAUCGUGGACAGCAGGGUUUGGCUGGCAUAUCUGAGAGCUGGGGGCUUCGGUCCCUGUUUCAUGUACCUGGGGGCAGCCCUUGGGUGUCAAGCCCUCCGGGUCUACACUGACCUGUGGCUCAGCGAGUGGACGAAUCUGGGGGCUGGAGUGAUUGAAGAAUCGAGCAGUCGUGAACAGACAGUCUUCUACUUCAGGAUGUACAUUAUCCUCUCGAUCGGGUCGAUCGUCCUCUCGGCGUUCAACAGUGCAGCUGGUCAGUGGGCAGGUGCCAUAGCUCGAAAGAGGCUUCACCAAGAGGCGAUAAAUUCACUUCUCCGAGCGCCAAUGAAUUUCUUCGAGCAAACUCCCAUCGGGAGAAUUCUGAACAGAUUCAGCGCCGAUGUGGGAGUCAUCGACAAGAAGCUACCGACAGCAUUUCAGAAAUUAACUUUUUUCGUUCUACUCUGUGGCUCCGCGAUGAUCGUCAACGUCAUCAUAUCGCCGUGGUUCCUCGUUGCUGCUGUUCCAACGUCACUGGCAUAUUUUUUCCUCCAGAAGUUUUACAGGAACAGCGCGAGGGAACUGCAGAGGCUGGAAGGAAGCACUAGAGGACCUGUUGCCGCACAUUUUUCGGAAACACUGGCGGGUCUGCCGAUCGUCAGAGCUUCCAAGCAACAGGACCGGUUCAUGGACGACAUGAUUGAGCACCUGGACGCCAAUACAAAUGCCUUUUUGAUACUGAACACCAGCAAACAGUGGCUGGGCAUUGCUCUGGAUUAUCUGGGAGCUGUGGUGGUGGUGGCCUCAAUAUUCACAGCUCUACUGUCUGCGGAGUGGUACCCAGAGCGGGUAACACCUGUACUCGUUGGUCUUGCCAUAAAUUACACGUUUCUUGUACCGAUUUAUCUCAACUGGGUAGUUAAAUUUGUCUCGGAGAUUGAGAUGUACAUGGGAAGUGUGGCGAGAUUAACCGAGUACACGAAAAUCCCACGGGAGAAUUACCGAGAAACUGGAUAUGAAGCUGAAGAAACUUGGCCGGAAAAGGGAGAAAUCGUUUUUGAAAAUGUUUCUCUUCGGUAUCAUCCACGCGCUGAGCCUGUUGUCAAGGAUUUGAAUCUCAGAAUUCCUGCCGGUCAAAAGUUGGGAAUCUGUGGUAGAACCGGAAGUGGAAAGUCAACAACAGUGAUGGCUCUGUUUCAACUUUUGGAAGUCUCGCAGGGCCGGAUUCUCAUCGAUGGGAUCGAUUUGCGGAGAGUAUCGCUUCUUAGUUUGAGGUCGAGGCUAUCGGCUAUACCUCAGGACGUCAUCAUGUUCAGUGGGACCAUUAGAGAGAAUUUGGAUCCCCUCGCCGAACACCAAGAUGACGAGUUGUGGUCAGCACUUCAGCUAGCCCAAAUGAAGGACAUAAUCGCCUCUCAUCCCGAAGGAUUGGACCUGGAGGUGCGCGAGGGUGGGGAAAACUUCUCGUCUGGACAAUUGCAAUUACUGAGUAUGGCCCGAGCAACACUUCGACAAUCAGCGGUGGUAGUGCUGGACGAGGCCACCAGUGCUCUCGACGCAUCUACGGAGAAGUCGCUGCUACGCGAAAUGUCGAAUGCUUUUCGGAAAAGAACUGUCAUUACAAUUGCACAUAGAGUGGCGUCACUUCUGUCCUGCGAUCGGAUUAUUGUUUUCGACGAGGGAAAAAUUGUGGAAGAGGGAACGCCAAACGAACUUUCGACAAAACCACUGGGGUCUUUUGCAGCCAUGUUGAGGGCCUCAGAGAUGGGCCAAUCAACUGACGACUGAUAUUUUUAUAUCUAAAAUGAUUAUGAUUAUUUUUUUUUAUGCGACGAAUGUAAAUAAAAUUAGAUAAUACAUUAUUUUAUCUUUUUACGAACGAUGAAACGAUGAUUCAUAAUUUUUACUAAGACGAAUCAAUCAUUCUGUUGAUGACUUAUCCGUUUUUAGUUCACUUUUCUAAUGAUCUACGUUCGAGGAAAAAUGAAAUCACUCAGUUUGAACCGCUUAAUUCAUUCUUCACUUUUUUCUCGACAAUCCGUGCGUAACUGAAGCAAUAAUGCUUGACCUUGAGAUCUUAUUCAUUACUUCGGUCAUUCUUUCCGAGAAUAAAUCCGCAAAAAUUAUGGAGGAGGAUUAUGUAAAGAUUGGUUUAGAUAUUGUUAUGUAGCCUUCAAUCAUAUCGGUUAUAAAUAAACAACCGAAACGAGGCAAUAAAUCUUUUGUCGGGGGAAAAGAUUUUCAGAGAAAAUUUAUUUUUUUUUAAUUUGCGGUGGAGGAUUUAUCGUAUGAACGAGAACAUUUCCGCUUGAGUCCCAACGAGUUAGAGAAUUUCUACGGGAUUUUUAUUUUCUGAGCUUUUCAUUCCGAAAGUGGAAUUUUUACUGAAUAAUUAUCAAAAAAUAAGGGAAUUUUCAGCAGAAAAGUACAAAAUUUUUCGUAAAAAUCAGGAAUUUUUCCUGAUCGUUAGGACAAUUUUUACAGAAUUUUCAGAAUCUGUUUUUUUUUUUCAAAGCAAAAUUUAGUUCUGCGAUUCCGUAAAAUGGCAGUAAUUUUUCUAUAAUUUCUUAUCCGCGUGUCAAUUUAACUGACGAUUUCUUCCACGUCGCUACACGAUUUUUCUUCGUAUGCGAAUGGCUAGAGAACGACUGGAUCUCAGGUCUAAGGUGUGAAACGAUAAUAAUUGACAAAAAAUGCUGGUAUCGAUGGCUUUAAACGCCUGAGCGAGCGAGUUGUCGGCUUUUUUUUUCAGUCACACCAGUAGCACUAGAGCCUCGGUGGUGAUAACACCUCAACGCUUUGCGCGACUCCAAUUUUUUUUCUCUCAUUUCAAAAAAUCGUUAGCUAAUGCUAUUGUGUGUUAUGCCGAUGAACAAAUAAUCUCUGGGAGUUAUUCCAGUGUUUCGCGCGAAUUGCGAGAGGUGCCGGGUUCACUUCCG